AGAGCGGAAACGCUUUUAGUUUUUAACCUCGUCAGUGAUCAACAGUUACAGCUCCCGAGAAAGCACUCGCUUGGCGAUAGGUUUAACCGUUUUCUUCACCUAUUUAUGUAUUUUAACAGAUAACUACAUGGCUACGACAGGACGGAAGGACUCCUCUGAGCGGGAAAGACUUCCCUCUCCGGUGACUCGCUACGGCUCCACAGACAGCAGUGGCGAGGAUGACUAUCAAAUUAACAGUCAUGACAACAACUGUAACCACCACCGGUUUGCCACAGCAGCAGGAUGUCACUGGGUCCACGCUGGAGAGGAAGAGGAGGCGAUUUGCAGGAAGCUAAAAUACUUCUUUAUGAGCCCUUGUGAUAAAUAUCAUGCCAAGGGGCGCUAUCCUUUUAAACUGAUCCUGCAGCUAGCCAAAAUUUUUUUUGUCACCACUCAGUUGGUGCUGUUUGGCCUCAGUAACCAGGUGGUGGUGACCUUUAAGGAGGAGAACACUAUGACCUUCAAGCACAUCUUCCUCAAGGACUACGAUGAGUCCUCAGAUGACUCCUUUGCCGUUUACACACAGCAGGACGUCUACGACCACAUCUUCUACGCCGUGGAUCAGUAUCUGGCCUUGCCAGAGACCACAGUGGGACGCUAUGCAUAUGUCUAUAACCGUGCCGAGAAUGGCAGCGCCCUCUUUCUCUGCCAGCAGUACUACAAGAAGGGACACAUCGACCCCGCCAACGACACGUUCAGCAUAGACCCCCGUGUCAUCAAAGAGUGUGUUGGCGUGAACCCCAUGACGAUCCCCCAGGGUCCGCUCACAAGCAACUACAAGAACUUUACACUCAAGUUCCACAAGUUGAUUAAUGUUACCAUAGAGUUCCAGCUGAAGGCGAUAAAUAUCCAGACUAUCAUCAACAACGAGAUCCCAGACUGCUACACCUUUCAUAUAACAAUAGUUCUGGACAACAAGGCUCAUAGUGGCAAGGUGAAGAUCCGGCUAGACAACCAGGCGUCAAUAAAGGAGUGCAAAGACCCGAGCAUCUCUGGACAAGUUCAGACGUACGCACGUUUGGCAUUUGAUAUUAUUGUGGUUCUGAUCUGCAUGCUGUCGCUGGUGCUGUGUGGACGCUCCAUAAUACGAGGCAUCAUGCUGCAAUGGGAGUUUGUGGAGUUCUUUAAGACGACGCUAGAUCGUAAAGUGUGCUGGGGAGACCGGCUAGAGUUUAUUAACGGCUGGUAUAUCCUCCUCAUCAUCAGUGACAUCUUCACAAUCACUGGCAGUUUCAUCAAAAUCGGCAUCGAGACAAAGAAUAUAUCCUCCUAUGACCUCUGUGCCAUCCUUUUGGGAACCUCCACUCUCUUAGUGUGGGUGGGAGUCAUUCGCUACCUCACAUUCUUCCAGAAGUACAAUAUCCUUAUCGUGACACUUCGAGCAGCUUUCCCCAAUGUUAUUCGGUUCUGCUGCUGUGUGGCUGUCAUCUAUCUGGGCUACUGCUUCUGUGGCUGGAUCGUCCUGGGACCAUACCAUGUCAAGUUCCGCUCUCUGUCCAUGGUGUCCGAGUGUCUGUUCUCCCUCAUUAACGGCGACGACAUGUUCGUGACGUUCGCAGAGAUGCAGGAGACCAGUCCUCUAGUGUGGCUGUUUAGCCAGGUUUACCUGUACACCUUCAUCUCCCUCUUCAUCUACAUGGUGCUGUCUCUGUUCAUCGCUCUCAUCACAGGAGCGUACGAGACCAUCAAGCAUCAAACCCAAGAACCAAUCCACAUAACAGAUCUGCACGCCUUCAUAGCAGAGUGCACAGAUGCACCGAAUUCUGGGAAGUUCAGAGGUUUGGAGACUUCACCUUGCUCCUUCUUCUGCUGCUGUGACAGAACAACCACGUAUGAAGAUGUCCUGCUGGUGAACUGAAAUCAACCUCACCAAUCUCUGAAACCUCACUAGCCUCCCCUGCUGACCAGUGGGGCACACUGCAUCCACCCAACACCCGGUGUCUCCGUGUAUCUGGGUCAAACCAAACGACUGUUCCAAAGUGGGAGUUGCGAUUGGCUGGAACUGCGCUCUGCAGAGGAAACGUGGAACAGAUGAAGAGCUGGGCCUUUUCCUCUGUAUAAACAGCAGCAUCGAAGAAGGCUAUUGCACAGACAUUUCUCUUGGUUCUAGUGUGGGUUUUUUUUAAACAUUAUUCAGUAU